CGACACGGCCCCCACUAAUGGAAGUUACCUAGAGUUACCUAAACUUGGGGAAGGGUCCUCAAAGGAGGUCUAAAGUUAGCUAAACCUUGACUUCCAUUCUCCUAAUAUCAUCAAAAUGCCACUACACUUACUAGGGAAGAAGUCGUGGAACGUUUACAAUGCCGACAACAUCGCCCGCGUCCGUCGCGACGAAGCCGCCGCAAAGGCAGCCGAAGAAGCUGAGGAGCAGCGCAUGCAAGAGAUAGAUGCGCAACGGCGCUUAGCUAUUCUUCGAGGUGAAGUACCACCGCCGAUCGAAGACGAUGAACCACCAAAAGACGAGGAGCCUCCUGUUCGUGAUCGCGAUGCAUUGCAAAGAACGAGUAUGCGACGAAAGCGAAAGCGACCAGGCGAGGACGAUACAGACUUUGAGAUGCGGCUAGCAAGGGAGAAUGACAACCCGGCACUUGUUAGGAUAGAGUCUGAGAAGAAGAGCACAAGCUCCGCGCCCAUCGUGGAUCAUAAUGGACAUAUUGAUCUUCUGGGCGAUGAGAAGUCAAGAACUCAUGCUGAGAAGAAUGAGGAGGCUGAGAGGGAAGCCAAGAAGAAAAAGCAGAGCUACGAGGACCAGUACACAAUGCGCUUCUCGAAUGCUACGGGAAAGGAUGGCGUUCUUAAACCAUGGUACUCUCAGUCUGACGCUGCAGCCCCUGAUGCCUCGUCAAAAGACGUAUGGGGAAACCAGGACCCUAAUCGCAAAGAACGAGAUGCCAAGCGCAUAGUAUCUAACGAUCCUCUCGCUAUGAUGAAAAAGGGAGCUUCCAAGGUUCGAGAGAUCAAACAGGAGAGGAAGCGUUUCCAGGAAGAAAGAGAAGAAGAGUUGAAGCAGAUGCGCCGCGAUGAACGACAUCGUGAGAAACGGCGUAGAAGGCAACAUGAAAGGGAUAGGAGUAGAGAGCGACAUAGGAGUCGCGAACGUGGUGAGGAAAGGUCUCCCAGUCGUCAUGAGCGGAGACACAGAUCAAGAGAAGGAAGACAUAGCCAUAGUGGUCAUGCGGAUUCACGAAGUCGAAGACAUGAGCGCCACGAUAGAGAAGGGUCACGGCACGAGAGAAAGCGCUACGAGGAGAGUGAACAACGAAAAGAGAGACAUCCGGGAGAUGACGAGCCUCAUAAGAGAGACUCGCGAUCUUCAGAGGGGGUUGGUCAUGAACGACGACGACACCAUUCGAAAAACUAAUAGCUUAGCAUAAGAUACCCUUUCAAUGACUUUCACGACUUGUACCCUUCGGCAUGUUCGUAUUAGGUUUGGCUACAUGCUGGUUAGGGAGAUACUAACUCUCACUCGAAGGCUCUGUGCCCUUUGACGCACGUCAUGAGCCUUACCUGACAUCGUGACUAGGACCGAGGCGCCAUGUUUAUGAUGAUGAUUUGUUGUCGAUAGUGUAUUGGAGCUCAAUUGGGA